GUGGAAACCUCGUGGGCCAAUUCAGGAGCAGUUUACUCACUCGGAUUCCCAACCCAUCUUCUGAAAAUGACCAAAGGUACCUCCAGUUACGGUAAGCGCCACAACAAGACCCACACGAUCUGCCGUCGCUGUGGCAAGUCUUCUUACCACAUCCAAAAGUCGACGUGCGGCUCGUGCGGUUACCCCGCUGCCAAGUUGCGCAAGUACAACUGGUCCGUGAAGGCUCUCCGCCGCCGCACCACUGGUACCGGCCGCAUGCGUUACUUGAAGACUGUCCCCCGCAAGUUCAAGAACGGAUUCCGUGAAGGUAGCCAGGCCGUCUCCAAGAAGGCCGCCACCAACUAAGCGGUCUAUCUUUGAAUCUGACUGGGAUGUUCGAGUGGACACAAGGGUAGCGCUAGCCCAUUUGCCGCCGCUGGAAGAGGACUGCGUAGGUAGUUCGUUAACUCGGGUUAUCGACGUGGUCAUGGUACCAGUAGCAGCAAAUGUGCAUUGUUGUCCCUUGUAUUCGUCUGGACGCAGAAUAAAAAGAUGAUGUGGAAUAUCGAA